AUGAAAGCAAACGAAAACACCGUGCUUGAAGGGAGAAAAGUGGUGCUCGUACCAUACGAAAAGCACCACGUCCCUAAAUACCACGAAUGGAUGCAAAACGAAGAACUCAGGGAACUCACGGCCAGUGAGCCUCUUUCUUUGGAAGAGGAGUUCUCCAUGCAAGAAAAAUGGCAGAUUGACGAAGACAAGUUGACCUUCAUCAUCCUUGCCCCCAACCACCCGCCUGCUACCGCUAAGGAUGAUGAUGAUGCGCGUCUCAAUCUCAUUGGUCUGAGUGAUCCAAGGUUGGAAUCGAUGCUCAUGAUCGGGGAUGUCAAUCUGUUCCUUAAAGGUGGUCGUCGGGACAACCGUGAGGAUGGGGACGUAGAAGACGAUUUCGAAGCUGAAGUUGAGAUCAUGAUCGCAGAACCCGAUUGGCGUCGUAAAGGUCUGGCGAUUGAAGCGUUGCAGCUUAUGUUGGGGUAUGCUACUACAGGGUCACCUUCGGGCGCGUUCCCUCCACCAUCAGAGCCUGAGCCCCAGGACACGUCACAUCGUCUCUCCGAGUCCCCACUGCCCAUCCCUCCGAGAUCAUUAGUAACGCGCAUCUCGGAAUCGAACACACCUAGCAUCAAGCUUUUUCAGAAACUCGGGUUCGUCAUAACCAAGCGAGUUGAGGUGUUUCGGGAAGUAGAGAUGCGCUAUCAGGGAUGA